AUGGGAGGUGCACCACAUCCAAAAGCUUACAUGGGCUGGUGGGGUUCUUUAGGUUCCCCAGCUCAAAAAGGUAUCACUACUUAUGCUGUUUCUCCAUUUGCUCAAAAUGUUUUAAAAGGUGUCGCUCAUAAUGCUAUCUUUAACGUUUUCAGAAGAGCUAAAAAUCAAAUUUUCUUUAUUGUUGCUCCAGGUAUUAUCAUUUGGGAAUGGUGGGCUCAAGCUAGAGAUUAUAAUGAAUAUUUAUAUACUAAAGCUGGUAGAGAAGAAUUAGAAAGAGUUAAUGUUUAA